CUGUAACUAAACGUACUUUACCAAAUAAUAGCCUAAGUUAAUAUUUGCAUUUAUAUCAAUAACGUUUGUAUUUAUAAUAAAAGUGUUGUUAUAUAUACAAACAAACAUUAAUUAAUAAUCGUAUUACAAUGGCAACUAAUGUAAGACACGUAUUAUAUAAGAAGAUUACAAGAUUUAUAGAAAAUGUAGAAGACGCAAGUAAUAUAAUUUCUCAUUUAGACAUGAAACAAAGACAAUCGGGAGUGUUUUCUUUUAUACUUCCUUUACGAACGAAACAGUAUGAUUUAAGAAACAACAUAAAAACUAUAUUAAACUCUGACAUAAAAUCAGAUUUAAGUGAUAUUAUUGUUGAAGAGGAUGCAUUAUCUCUUAAUGUAUUUAGAGAAGAUUACAUUAAGCAAUUCCUUGAAAGCAAUUGUCAUAAAAUUGUUCCUCAGAAACUUGUUAACAACAGUAAAAAUAUUAUAGUUGAAUUUAGCUCACCAAAUAUCGCAAAACCAUUUCAUUUAGGACAUUUACGUUCCACAAUUAUAGGAAACUAUGUCGCCAAUAUAAAUAGUUAUUUGGGAAAUAAUGUCAAGAGAAUAAAUUAUUUAGGUGAUUGGGGUACACAGUAUGGUUUUAUUCAGAUUGGGAUUGAUAUGUCUAAUCUUGAUAGUAAGAAAAUGCAAAAUGACGCUAUCAGAAAUUUAUAUAAUGCUUACGUACUUGCUAAUAAAUCAAUGGAAAAUGAUUCUACUAUCGCAGAUAAAGCUAGAGAAAUCUUCAGACAAUUGGAGACAGGAGAAAGUAUUGCAUGUCAAGAAUGGGAGCUUUUUAGAAAAUAUACGAUAGAGGAAUUAAAAAAAAUUUAUGAUAGAAUAGGUAUUGCUUUUGAUGAAUAUCAUUGGGAAUCUAUGUAUAAAGCAGUGAAUUUAAAAGAAAUAAUUUCGUUAAUGGAAAAUAUGAAUUUAUUAUCGUAUGAUAAAGAAAGUAGAAAAGUGAUACAUUUAAAUUCAGAAAAAGUUAUACCUAUUAUUAAAAGUGAUGGAACAUCACUCUAUUUAACGAGAGAUGUGGGAGCAGCUAUCGACAGGUAUAAAAAGUAUAAAUUUGAUUUGAUGUAUUACGUAGUUGACCAAACGCAAAGUAAACAUUUUACGAAUCUAAUAGAAAUAUUACAUAAAAUGAAUAUGUCUUGGGCAGAGAGAUUAAAACAUAUAAGGUAUGGGCGAAUACUUGGUAUGAGUACUAGAAAAGGUACGGCUAUAUUUUUAGAAGAUAUUUUAAAUGAAAUAAGAGAUGUUAUGAGAGAAAAACAAAUUCAAUCUCCCACAACUAAGGUUUCUUUGGACAUUUCUGAUAAUAGUUCUGAUAUAUUAGGAAUUUCUGCUGUGAUAAUUAAUGAUUUAAGAAGGAGGAGACAAAGAGAUUAUGAGUUCAAUUGGAAUGCAGCAUUUGAUAUAGAAGGAAAUACUGGUACAAAACUGCAAUAUGUCCAUUGUCGUCUUUUUAAUUUAGAAGAAAAUUCUGGUGCUAUUCUUCCAACGGAAUGCUAUCCAUCAGUUUUGAAAGAGCCAAUAGUUGACGACUUGAUAUGUAUAAUUAGUAACUUUGAAAAUACAGUUUUAAGAUCUUAUCAAGAUUUAGAACCGCGCAUUUUAGUUACUUAUCUUUUUGAACUGAGCCACACUAUCAACAAAGCUUUAAAAACAUUGAAAGUUAAAGGUGAAACAGCAGAUAUUAGCAAUCAAAGAUUACUUAUGUUCCAUGUGGCAAGAAAUGUUCUUGCACAAGGGAUGAAAUUGCUUGGUAUAACACCUUUACACAAAAUGUAAUAUAGCUUACCAUAAAAUAUCAAAUAUAUUAAAUGCCAUGAAAA